AUGGAAUUUGAAAUCAAUAUGGCAGAAAUGCCCCUUGGGAAAUUAAGCAAGGAAAAUAUCCAGAAAGGAUUUGAAGCAUUAACUGAGAUACAGAAUCUACUGGAUGACACUGGCAAUCAAGAACUAGCUCUUAGAGAGAGCUUGAUUGUUGCUGCAAGCAAUCGUUUCUUCACUCCUUCUGUUCAUCCACAUAUUAUACGUGAUAAGGAUGACUUGACAAUGAAAGCGAAAAUGCUUGAAGCUCUUCAGGAUAUUGAAAUUGCUUCUAAACUAGUUGGUUUUGAUGGUGACAAUGAUGAAUCUCUUGAUGAUAAGUACAAAAAACUUCAUUGUGACAUCACCCCGCUAGCUCAUGAUAGUGAAGAUUACAAGCUGGUCGAGAAAUAUCUUCUCAACACACAUGCUCCUACUCACAAGGUAGAAUACAGAAGACUACCGUCUCUUCUCUUCUGUAUACAUACAUGCUGA